UGGAGCACAGUAACUCACCACGGUUGUCCCCCCUUCACGUUUAUUCUAAUAACUGCCACCCUUGGAAACACACAUUUAAUAGGUUUAGUCUAGUUCACCUCAGACUAGCUCCAAUUUGGGGGUGAUAUCCUCACUUCAGCCUUUUGGGCUAUUUUUUACCCCCACUUUAGGAACAAGGAGACUGCAGCUCAAAUUUCAACCUCGUUGGGGAUGGCUCGGCUCUGAAGAGCGCUUUCUGCCCUUCCAGAGGUCUCUUUUCGGUUCCCGGUGCCCACGUGGUGGCUCACAACCACGAGUCACUCUAGCGCCCGGGAAUCCGCUCGCACCUGCACGCACAUGGUGCACACACAGAGAGACAGGUAGGAAUGUUGUCUGGAGUGUAUUGUAUGGCGGAUCUAAGCCGGCACGGCCCAAAUCUGCGGCUAUACAAACGCGAUCCCACGCCCUUCGUGAUCAUGCGGCGCAUCUGGACUGAGCCCCGUCAACAUAGACACGCCCCGACGCUGGUGUGACGUCACUGGCGCCAGAAGAUGACGCGGAGGUCCGGUGGCGGGGUAGCUUUACGGUUGCUGAGUAUCUGGGGCUUGCUGGAAAGUGCACUCCAUUCGCUUUCGUGAGAAGGUGGGGUGGGGAGCUUGCGGGAGCCACAGGUGGUGGGGCGCUGAGAAGGCAGGGCUGCUUACUUUCGGGAGCCUCCCGGGCCUGGCUUGGAACCUGUGGGUCCGCGCUAUGUGGUGUUCCGAGUCACCCGCUCUACCUGGUGCCCUGCGUGCUCCUGCCUCGCCACCUCCUAGCGUGACCCCGAGAGCAGUGAAAGACUUUUGGAAGCCACGAGGUGCAUGCGUGCUGUAUAUCGAGACGCAGAUGGAUAACUUACCAGUAUUUAUAAUGCCCAGAAUAUAGAAGGAGUCCUUAAAAGCAGGAUUUGUUGGUGAUUUGGCAAGCCGCUCAAGCUUGAUGGCUGCAGAGAUGGCUCAGUGGUUAAGAAAUUGUUGCUCUUGAAGAGGACCUGAGUUCAAUUCCCAACACCCACAUGGUUACUUUUUGACAUCACCCAAGAUGAUGUUUUGUUUCUGGCUUCACCUCUGACCUUCGAUCCAUCUGUGGUGGAAAUAUUUGUUUCUCUGUCCAGUGGGGCCCGUCUGCUUAUCGUGCCAUCUUCUGUCAAAAUGCUCCCAUCAAAAUUAGCUGAUGUUCUCUUUUUCCGCCACAGAGUGACUGUUUUACAGGCAACGCCAACUUUGCUGAGAAGAUUUGGAUGUGAGCUCAUCAAGUCCACUGUCCUGUCAGAACACACUUCUCUGAGAGUGCUAGCCCUCGGUGGGGAAGCUUUCCCCUCACUGACUGUUCUCAAAAGCUGGAGAGGCAAAGGCAAUAAAACACAAAUAUUUAACAUUUAUGGUAUCACGGAGGUAUCCAGUUGGGCGACUUUCUACAGGAUCCCAGAUGAGAUUCUUAAUUCUCCUGUGAAACAUGAAUCUCCUGUACAGCUGGGGUCUCCUCUACUUGGAACAGUGGUUGAAGUCAGAGACACUAAUGGUUCCUCAGUUCAUGAAGGCACCGGUCAAGUAUUUUUAGGUGGGGAAAACAGAGUAUGUUUUCUUGAUGAUGAGAUGACAGUGCCUCUCGGCACCAUGCGAGCCACAGGAGACUUUGUGACUGUAAAAGAUGGAGAGAUGUUUUUCUUGGGAAGAAAGGACAGCCAGAUCAAGCGUCAUGGCAAACGUGUUAACAUUGAGUUUGUACAACAGGUGGCUGAGGAACUUCACCAGGUGGACUCCUGUGCGGUUAUGUGGUAUAAUCAGGAAAAGUUGAUUCUCUUCGUUGUAGCCAAAGUUGGUUUAUUAAAGGACCACAUCUUUAAAGAGUUGCAGAAACACCUUCCAACUCACGCCCUUCCAGAUGACAUGGUGUUGAUUGACACUCUACCAUUUACAUGUCAUGGUAAAAUUGAUGUUUCUGAGUUAAACAAGAUAUAUUUAGACUACAUAAACUCACAGCCUAGGAAUAAGAUCCAUGGAAAAGAGGAACUUUGGGAAAAAUUACAGCAUUUAUGGAAGUCUAUUCUGAGUCUCCCUGAGGAUCCUGAAGAUACUUUGAAGGUUCCUGAUGACUCAGUCUUCCUGGACAGUGGAGGAGACUCCCUGAAGUCCACGUGGCUCCUCAAUGAGAUUGAAAAACUCACUGGCACGUCCAUACCUGGGCUCCUGGAGCAUAUUCUCAGCAGUUCUAUCUUAGAGGUUUACAACCACAUCAUUCAGACCGUGUUUACACACAAGGACCUGAAAGUCAACAACAGUCAUGGGAGAUCGAAUUGAAUCCUCCGCAUGCGUGUCUAAGUGUGGAAACUUUAUUGUAGUGGGCUGUUAUAAUGGAUUAGUUUAUGUUCUGAAAAGUAAUAGUGGAGAAAAAUACUGGGCGUUUACUACUGAAGAUGCUGUGAAAAGCUCACCCGCCAUGGAUCCUACCACAGGACUCAUUUAUGUCGGAUCUCAUGACCAGCAUGUGUAUGCUCUAGACAUUUAUGAAAAGAAGAGUGUCUGGAAGCUAAAAUGCGGAGGGACGCUCUUUUCUUCUCCAUGUUUGAGCCUGAGUCCACAUCGUCUCUACUGUGCUACACUUCGGGGACUCUUACUGGCUGUAAAUCCUGCUACUGGGAGUGAAGUUUGGAAGCACUCCUGUGGAAAACCACUCUUCUCUUCCCCUCGGUGCUGCCAGCGGUACGUUUGCAUUGGCUGUGUGGAUGGGAGCUUGCUCUGCUUCACUCACUCAGGAGAGCAGGCAUGGAGCUUCUCUGCUGGAGGACCAGUCUUUUCAUCGCCAUGUAUCUCAGCAACAGAAGAAGAAAUAUUUUUUGGUUCCCAUGAUUGCUUUCUCUACUGCUGUAGCAUGGAAGGUCACCUCCGGUGGAAAUUUGAGACUACAGCGAGGGUGUAUGCAACACCCUUUGCCUUCAGUAACCAGAGCUGUAGCAGUGAAACCCUGCUGGCAGCUGCCUCUACUGAUGGGAAACUGUGGAUCCUGGAGUCUCAGAGUGGAAUGCUUCGAAGUGUGUAUGAACUCCCUGGGGAGGUUUUCUCUUCUCCUGUGGUCUGGGAGUCGAUGCUUAUUAUUGGGUGCAGAAAUAAUUACAUUUACUGUCUGGAUUUAUUGUGUGGGGACAAAAAUAAUCAAGUGUAGUCCUUGUAAAUAUGUAUGUGUGAGAUAGUUGGAAACGUCUUUAUAAAGCUAUGUGGCUGGUUUUAUAUUAAAGAUUCUAUUUUGGUUAAGGAAUUUGUUGUACUUCAGUAGAGAGCAGCCAUGUUUAUUUCCUAUGGAAGCAGCAGGAGAUUUCAGGAAGAGAGGAUCAAACACCUGCUAUGGGCUUUUUUAAAUAAGUUUUUAAGAUUUAUUUUAUGUAUAUGAUGCUCUAUCUGCAUGUAUACCUGCAGGCCAGAAGAAGUUAUCAGAUCCCAUUAUAGAUGAGCCACCAUGUGGUUGCUAGGAAUUGAACUCAGGACCUCUAGAAGAACUGCCAAUGCUCUUAACCACUGAACCAUCUUUCCAACCCACACUUUUAAUUAUGUGUGAUGGUGUGCUGAAUAGUUUUAUGCCCACAUGACACAAGCUAGUCAUUUGAGAGGUGGGAACCUCAACUGAAAAAAAAAAAAAAUGCCUUCAUAAGAUUGGGCUGGAGGCAAACCUGUAGAGCUUUUUCUUAAUUAAUGAUUGAUGGGGGAGAACCCAGCCCAUUGUGGGUAGUGCCACCCCUAUAGGCUAGUGUUUCUAGCUUCUUUAGCAGGCUGACCAAGCCCUGAGGAACAAGCCAGUAAGCAGCACACCUCCAUGGCCUCUGCAUCGGCUCCUGCCUCCAGGAUCCUGCCCUGUUGAGUUCUUGCCCUGACUUCCUUCAGUGAUGGACUAUGGUGUGGAAGUGUAAGCCAAGUAAACACUUUCUUUCCCAACUUGCUUUUGGUCAUGGUGUUCCAUCACAGCAAUAGUAACCCUAACUAGUUAAUUGUUAUGUUUUAGAUACAUUUGUUUAAAUUGGUCAAAAGGAUGCUGUUCUGGUUUGAAAAUAUCCAUCAAAACACCCCACUGUGGAAACAUCACCCCACUAUGGCACUUAGGGGUGGCACCUUUGAGAGAUGACUAAGAUUAAAUGAGGCUGUGUGUGUGUGUGUGUGUGUGUGUGUGUGUGUGUGUGUGUGUAUGUGUGUGUUUGUUACAGGGGUGCUGCUGACCCUAGGGCCUGGAACUUUGUAAGAGGAGAGACCAGGGCCAGUGUGUAGUAUGCUCUGCUUUGCCAUGUGAUGCCCAGUGUCACCUUGGAUGGGACUCUGCAGAAGGUCUCUGUCAGUAAGGGACGUAUUACCAGAUGUGGCCACUAGUCCUUGAACACCUCAGACUUCAGAACUGAGAACUAAAUAAACCUAUAUUUGUUACA